ACAGUAGAAGAAGAAGGAGGAGGAGGAAGAGAAGGAGGAAACAGGUGACUGCUCGUCUGGUUCGAGGAGGCUCAUAUCUGAUAACACAAGUCAUUCCAGAGUCAAUUUGGGAAAUUAAAACGCACGAAAGUGUUCGAGUUUAACAGGUGCAGUGAUGCAGUUCGUCCACACAGCCUGAGUCGAACCAGACCAGCCCGGGCUUCCUGCUCCCAUGUCCCACCGCCUUUGACUUUCAAAGUCCACCUUCCGAACACUGACCAGUGGGCCGGGCCAGUCCCGUCCUGUGGGGUUGGGAGGGGGCGGGCGGCGAGCGGCGAGCGUGGCCAACGAUGGACAGCGCGUGCAGCGGCAGCGUCGACUCGCGGGCGGCCAGGGGGUCCGGGCCCAUCAACGCCGCGGCGGUCUCCGUGAGGGUGGAGUCGUACGAAGCCGGAGAGAAGAAGUGCAUCUCAGACGUGAGGAGGACCUUCUGCCUCUUCGUCACCUUCGACCUCUUGUUCAUCACCUUGCUCUGGAUCAUAGAGCUCAACGUGAACGGUGGCAUUCAGAAUCAGCUGGAAAAAGAAGUCCUGCAUUAUGACUACCACGCCUCCUUCUUCGACAUCUUUCUCCUGGCUGUUUUCAGGUUCGCCGCCCUCAUCCUGGCCUACGCCGUCUGUAAGCUCCGUCACUGGUGGGCCAUCGCGAUCACCACUGCAGUCAGUUGUGCGUUCCUGAUAGCCAAAGUCAUUUUGUCUAAGCUGCUGUCUCAGGGGGCCUUCGGGUACCUGCUGCCCAUCAUCUCCUUCCUGUUGGCCUGGAUAGAAACGUGGCUGCUGGACUUCAAGGUCCUGCCUCAGGAGGCCGUAGACGAAAAUAGAUAUCAGUCCAUCAUGGACGCCACAGAGCGAGCUCCUCUGGUGGGUCCGGGUCCUUUAUCUGACGGACCGUUCUACUCUCCACCGGAGUCUUUGGCGGACUCUGACGAGGAACUGGACGACAAACACGAUCCUGAGAAAGGCCUCAUUCAGCAGGUGACUUAACAGUGUCUCCACAUCUAAAGCUGAAUAUUUGCUCCUGUGCUACCGAAGAAAAAUUCUGCCUUACACUUUCUGCCAUUUUAGUUUUUGUAUUUUUUUUUUUUUGUUUGUUUGUUUGUUUUAAUUUGUCCAAAUGAAGUAUUUGUACUUUCACAUCCACAAAUGAAACCUCUUCUGUCGAAAAUCAGCCUCCAGUCUGGAUUUAAGUGCCGCUUCUUAAAAAGCAAUAUCAGUGUCAUGAUUUUAGGAGUUUUGUUUUUCUACAUUUAAAUAACUCUGGAUGAACCUUUUAAGAGAAUUCAUGUUCAUUGUUGUUUUUUGUUUUUUUUUAAUUAUGUGUAGAAGAAAAAACAAAUCACUUGAACUCUCUGAUGUGUAAUAGUUGGAGCCCUUUUCAGUAUCCGGCCAAGUUUCACACACACACUUCUGUUUCAGUCUUUUUCCAGGGUGUUAAUGUGUUAUAUGUCCACCAUGUUUACUAUUUUUUUAAUUGUUGAUCAUUUGCAUAUACUUGGGUUUGAAGUCACUGUAAAGUAAAAUGAUAAUAAUAAUAUUAAUAAUAAUAAGCUCCGUAGACUCCUCAUUAAGAAAGAAAAGUAAAAAGUGUUUGGUUAUUUUUCCGGCCAGUAUCGACCGUAUGGACCAGUGUGUAGCAAAGGAGACAAGUCUUAAAAUAUCACUACAACACCUUGCAUGGAAAAAAAUGUAGAAAUAUAAAAACAAUUAUGUCUGCUUCCAAAAAAAAAAACAAACAAACAAAUAAGGCGAUCCAUUAAUCUGCAGCGUCGACAUGUGAAGGUUUACUGCACUGAGUGAGAUGGAAACUGAAUAAAGCUGCUGUGACUAGGAGAAAAAAGUUGAAAUGUAAGUGUACAUAUCUUAACGCAUGCUGUGCAUCCAGUGCUUCUGUUUUUAUGGGAUGCCCGUCUGUAAAAUAGAAACAUUAAAAUGAAAUGUGAAACUUU